AUUCACUUCAAGUCUCAUUUCAACUCUCUACUCUCCUUCUCCUUCUCUUUCUCUCUCUUAAAUAGUGGUUGUCACUUCCUACAGUCCCGGCGUCCGCCAUGGACGCAGCUUCUCAGCUAGUUUGCUACGGUAUCGAGCCCCUUCGCCCAACCUUCCCCACCCGUACAUCCUCUUCGUACGGCAGAAUUCGGAUCCCCAAACGGACCGGUCGAGUUCUCGCGGUCGCCACCGAGCCUAAACCACCUCGGACAGGAUCAUCGAAACCUCCGUCAACAAACUCCGUUAAUGGCUCCUCAAAGUCUCCGCCGGCCAAAUCUGUUAAUGGAGUUUCCUCGAGAAUUGGGGAUGUGUCGAAGGAAAUCAAAAGAGUGAGGGCACAGAUGGAAGAAAACGAAGAGCUGGCGAUACUGAUGAGAGGUCUUCGUGGACAAAAUUUAAAGGAUUCACAGUUUGCUGAGGAUAAUGUUGAGCUUCGCCUUGUUGAGGUAGACGAAAGCAGUGAAUUUCUGCCUUUGGUAUAUGACCCUGCUACCAUCUCUGCUUAUUGGGGAAAACGUCCACGUGCUGUUGCUACACGUAUUGUCCAAUUAAUGUCUGUUGCAGGGGGGUUUCUUUCACGUCUUGCAUUAGAUGUCAUAAACAAAAAGGUCAAAGAGAAUGAAGUUGCUAGAGCCAUUGAACUAAGGGAGAUUGUGACCUCUUUGGGUCCAGCUUAUAUCAAACUUGGGCAAGCAUUGAGCAUUAGACCUGAUAUACUUUCACCAAGUGCAAUGACUGAGCUUCAAAAACUCUGUGAUAAGGUGCCUUCAUUCCCAGAUGAUGUAGCUAUGGCUCUCAUCAAAGAGGAGCUUGGUCGGCCGUGGCAGGAGAUAUAUUCUGAACUCUCACCUUCCCCCAUUGCUGCUGCAUCUCUUGGACAAGUGUACAAGGGCCGGUUGAAAGAAAAUGGUGAUUUGGUGGCUGUUAAAGUGCAAAGGCCCUUUGUUCUUGAGACUGUAACAGUUGAUUUGUUCGUCAUACGAAAGUUGGGGCUGUUUCUUCGCAAGUUUCCCCAGAUCUCUGUAGAUGUUGUUGGACUGGUUGAUGAAUGGGCAGCCCGUUUCUUUGAGGAGCUAGAUUAUGUUAAUGAGGGUGAAAAUGGAACGCGUUUUGCUGAAAUGAUGAAAAAGGACCUUCCACAGGUGGUUGUUCCCGAAACCUACGAGAAGUAUACUUCAAGAAAGGUUCUUACUACCCGAUGGGUUGAAGGAGAAAAGCUUUCACAAAGUACAGAAAGUGAUGUUGGAGAGCUUGUUAAUGUUGGAGUCAUCUGCUAUCUGAAGCAGCUGCUUGACACUGGUUUUUUUCAUGCUGAUCCUCAUCCUGGAAAUUUGAUUCGGACUCCAGAUGGGAAGCUAGCUAUUCUUGAUUUUGGACUUGUCACAAAAUUAACGGAUGAUCAGAGGUAUGGAAUGAUUGAAGCAAUUGCCCAUCUUAUACAUCGUGAUUAUGGAGCCAUAGUCAAGGACUUUGUUAAACUUGGUUUCAUUCCAGAAGGUGUUAAUUUGGAACCCAUUUUGCCUGUCCUGGCCAAGGUUUUUGAUCAGGCACUUGAAGGUGGAGGAGCUAAAAAUAUCAAUUUCCAGGAGCUGGCAGCAGACUUGGCACAAAUAACAUUUGAUUAUCCAUUUCGGAUACCCCCUUAUUUUGCCCUCAUAAUCAGGGCAAUUGGGGUGCUGGAAGGCAUAGCUUUAGUUGGAAAUCCCGACUUUGCGAUUGUAGAUGAGGCCUAUCCAUACAUUGCACAGAGGCUCUUAACUGAUGAAUCUCCACGUCUAAGGAAUGCUUUACGCUAUACAAUAUAUGGGAAAUCUGGAGUUUUUGAUGCAGAAAGAUUCAUUGAUGUUAUGCAAGCCUUUGAGAAUUUUAUAACGGCUGCUAAAAGUGGAGGUGGAGAGGAUUUGAAUGGUGAUAUGGCCGAACUCGGCCUUAUGCAACGUACAACAGAAAAUGCGUUCCCAAUAAUGCUACCAAAUCUGUCUCAACAGGAGCCGGUCCAAACAAGAGCAGCUUUGGGAUUCCUUCUGUCUGAUAAGGGAAACUUCUUCCGAGAAUUUCUUCUGGAUGAGAUUGUAAAGGGCAUUGAUGCAGUCACGAGGGAACAGUUGGUUCGUACAAUGGCACUCCUUGGACUUGGAAAUGCUACCCCUAUCUUCAGUAUGGCUCCUACUUUCGGACCAUUCAAACCAGCAGGGCUUCUACCAACAAUAACCGAAGAAGACAAAGUUAUAUUGAACAAUGUCCAAAAAGUUGUUGAGUUUUUGACUGCUGGUUCAAUACCAAAAACUUCAAAUGAGAGUUUGAAUAUUACUCGGGUUGUUCAAGAGCUUCUCCCAGUGUUGCCCGGCAUCUCCACGACAAUACUUCCAGAAGUUCUCAAUCGAUUAACUUCUAGAGUAUUAGCUCGCGUCAUUCGAGACACAUUUUUGUAGAACACAUUCUUAACUUUCUUAAGGGCCUCAAUUGUUGAUAUAUAUAUUGUGAACAGCAUCAUAUAUGUUAGUGCAAUGUCCAAGCAACACACCUUACUUCCUUUUGUAAUGCUCAGAAACUACCAAGGAACUGAAAACCUCAUUGUAUAUAACAAGUUCAACUUAAAUCACUUCAUCUGUAUAGUUUGGAUAUAUAUAUACAGAAGCCAAAAAGGUGAUUUUUCUUUCCAUUGAAAGAAAGAGCUUUAUUAGAUUUCACUGUGUAUGUUUCUUCUUUCUUCAUAACAACCACACAGCUAUCAAUUUUGGUUCCACAAGGAUGAGGAGAAGAAGGUUAAAGCUUAAGCUUUCUUCAACUAUUACUUUCUUUCAUUCCUUUGAUUGAGAUCUACCAAUUUCGAAUGCUAAAUUUGUUUUUACAUUCUGUUCAUUAACCUUGUAAUGAUGAUGAUCACAGUGCUUUGGUCUGUCUACUGAGGUAGCAAAUUCAGGGAGUUGGACCCACGCAAAAGCUUGUCCCUCUUAGGUGGAGAACAAGCAGAGAAGGGACACAAAUAUUUGUCUUUUUUUUUUUUCACCAUUUGCAAAGUUGUCAUACUGCAAUAAUUUUACUUCCCUAUCUUCCAGACAGCUGGAAUCAUUUCUUGUCCCGAUUAAUAUCUAACCAAUCAGCCCAUUGAUCAACUUUCGUUGUCAUUAAAUAGCAGACUUGUGGUCUACCAGGAGUGGCGCGUGCGUGCCUUGGCAAUAUGGGAGGAAAAUGUGAGAUUCCACCACAAGAAAAAGGUCCCUCUCCUCCUCAGCUCAGCUCAAUAUCAGAUAAAUAACACUUUAUAAGUCAUUCAGCUUAGAGAGAAAAAUAAAAAUAAGAUUAAAAACCCACCCCCCCAAAAAAAAAAAAAAAAUCCGACAGUAGUUGAAGAUAAAAGAAAAAUGGUCACUUUAAAGUUCAAGGAGUCUUGAGUGAGCUUUUUAAUUAUAUUUCAGUGCAAAACUAUUCUUUGCACAAUAUCAUUUGUGUUUUUGUGUUCUGCCACCCCUAUCUGACCCCUAUACACCAUAGGAAACGAGCAUUGAGGAAAAGUCGAAGAAAAUAUGUUGAAAAUUUUCUUAACUAACCAUCACCACCACCACAUGUUUUUGUCUCAUAUUAUUUUAAGGGAUAAAUAUUGUAGGAUUGUGAAUCAACCAUUUUGAAUUGAUGGUGAAACACUACCGGAAAUUGUCCAACCAAUCAAAGCAAAUUAAAAUAACAUGGCUAAAGAGUAUGUACGUGUAUUCUAGGUCAGUGGUGAUUUACCAAUCCAUGUAAAAUCCUCAUCUUUGAUUGUAGAGCUAUAUUUUAAUACUUAAAUUGAUGUAGAAGUGAUUUUAAUAACUUAAGAAUCAAUAAUAAACUGACCAUUAAUUUCUCCAUAUUACUAAACGCACCCUCUCUCUUUCCCAUAUCAAGAACAACCAAGUAAGUACAUAAUUUACUUAUUCUGAGUCCUGCAAGAACUUAGCUGUCCAACCCUUAUUUUGAUACAAUAUUCUUUGUCAAAUUUGAUAGUUUGAGUUGCGUAAAUGAUUACCCCCUAGCGCUUGGUUAGAGGAAAGCAUUUGAGUCAUUAUUGGCAAUAUUCCAUUCAUAAAGUACUUGAUUUUUCAAAGCACACCAACAUCCUGACCAAACCAAAGGCAUAAAGUACAUAUAAUAUGAUGCUGCAUAAUGUAAUACAUAAGAAUUAUAUCUCUUAAACUUAAACAUUUCAUAUUUCGAACAAUCCACAAAGGCAUAAAAAUAUUCCCUUCCUCCCAUAACUUAGCUAUUACAAUUAGCACCCACAAUUUGCCAACUCCCCAUUCCCACUUGUCACAAGCUCAUGCCAUAAAAAGCAAAUUAGUAUGCCAAAUUAUAUUCUUAUAAAUAAUAGGAUAAACAAACAAAAAAAAUACUAGAUGCCCAUUUGAAAGGCUCUCUUCACUAUAGCAAAACAAUGAGUAUUUCUUCCAUAAACAGUCAAAAGAUAAAGAGCACUCCUUUUUUUGGUACACCCAUUUAACCACACUAACAAAACUAACAAUGAGUGCUAAAGAAUGUAGAAAAUUAAAAAAAUAUAAAGAAAGCAAAAGUGAAGCCACCUUUAGUGGAGGUAGAGGAGGCAUUAAUAUGAUUGUACCUCUACCUAUUCUCAACCUUUCCAAACCAAACAAAGAAAAAAGCUUUAGCAUAAAUUAUAACCCUUCCCCUCCAAAACCAAAAUUGCACUCUUUUUAUAUGUAUCCAAAGCAAACCAUAAUAAUCAUUUGGAGAUAAACUAAAUCAAUAGGCAAAAAAAAGAAAAACUUCACCACUUUUUUCUCCAAAAAUUUAUUCUUUUUUUUUUUGUUUUGAUCAUCAGAUAUAUGCCAUUAUAAUCCAAAGCCCCACAUAUCUCAAAGCCUUGUCAUGGUGGUUUUAGGAUUAACACAAGAGUUUGAGUGUAGCCAAGAGGAAAACGUAUUAUAAAGCUUUUGUGUAUUUUGUAAUUUGUCCGUACGCUGUACUCCUGGCGGCCACGGCUCAGAACAGGUGCACCUCUUUAGUGUGUUCUUGCUAUGUACCCUCAAAAGGGUUUAACAACAAAGGAGAAGAAAGCAUCAACAAUACUACCAUUAAUACCAAUAUCAAUACCAAGAAGCUUUCUCCGGCAGAAAAGAAAGAUGGGCUUUUGGAAGAAGUUGAUAGUUAUGACAGAAAAGUGGGAAAACAAGCUUUUGAUAUUGGCAACACUGGAAGAAGCAAAAACAACAACGACAGUACAAGAAGUGGGUCUAAUGUGCCUCAGAAGAUUAGUGAACAACCCUUUAAUCUCAAGAGCAAUUUGAAGAAAACAGUGGUGGUGAAGGAUUAUCAAUCAGUAGCAGCAAAGACAGAAAAGAGGAAAGUUACUUGGCCUGAUGCUCAUGGAAAAGAUAUUGCUCAUGUUCAGGAGUUCGAGCCAAGUGUAUCAGAAGAUGGUGAACUUGAGGGAGUAAGGAAUUCUUGUGUUUGUGUCAUUCAGUGAGGAUUGCCAAAAGAUGGAUCUCCUUCCUUCCAGUGCAUCUCUUCUGAAACAUUUGACAGAACUAAAUUUUAUGUCUUUUGCUUGGUUGACUGAGGCUCAUAUAGGUUCUAGCUAGUGCACCCUUUUUUUAUUUCAAUGAAAUGGCUAAUUUGUUAUGGAAAAUAAAGGUAAAAUUGGCUUCUA